UCUUGUCGAAACGGUCAUAUUUGCCCUUUCGACGGCCAUUAGUUCUGAUAUACGGCUCCCUAGCCUCUGAACGGUGCGGUCAAUCGUACUUGACCUACAUCACUAAUACCUGUCACUGAAUAAUCGGUUCUGUUCUUCAAGUAAAGCAUCGAGAUGGCUUAUCUCUUCUACUUCCUUGCAUUCCUCGUUGUUAUUUGCGGCACUGCUCUUUAUCUCACUCGUUCGCGAUGGCUACCACUUCUUCCCGUCCCUGACUAUAUAUACGAUCGUCUACCAGCCAGUUUCACCGACGACAUAGCGGCGGGACUCACGUCGUCUGAAUUUGACCUCUCAACGAAUAUUGAGCAUGGGGAUCAACGGGCCGGAUUGGAUGCCUUCGGCAAGCGCGAAGUUCUGAAUAUCAUGAGACGCCAAAAGGUUGAUUUUAAUGAAGCUCGACGGAUUUAUACAGAGCAGCGGUUUGCCAAGAACAAUAUUGGCCCUGACGGCCGGCCCAGAGAUCCGAAAUUCGUAUCAUUUUCGUGAGAAGCUCUGUUACCUAUUCUUUUUCGUUUCCAUCUCUCUCGCGUUCAAGCUAUUUUUGCGCAGUCUUCAGGAUCCUAAUACUGCCCACUCAGUGAUUGUAUGUAUCUCCACUUCUAGCCGGUCAAUAAUAGCGCAUGCUAAUG